AUGCCAGGAGAAGUGAUCGACCGCCCAAAUCCCCAGCCUUUGCCUUCCCACCUGCCAGACAGCCUCUAUGAUCUCCGAAUCAGCCUUCCAAAUGAGACGCUGGACCAAAAGGCCUGUGAUGCCUUGAUCAAAUUCAGAAGGGCAGCGGCCUAUAUCGCCGCAGCUAUGAUUUUCCUGCAGGAUAAUACUCUUUUGAAACGGAAGAUCACCUUUGACGAUAUCAAGCCACGCCUGCUGGGUCACUGGGGAACAUGUCCUGGUCUCAUUCUCGUCUAUUCUCACCUCAACUACCUCAUCCGAACGAAGAAUCUAGAUAUGCUUCUUGUCGUCGGCCCAGGACACGGAGCACCCGCAAUUCUGGCUGCUCUAUGGCUAGAAGGAUCGCUGGAGAAAUUCUAUCCUCAGUACUCGCGGGACGCGAAGGGGCUUCACCAGCUUGUUUCUACCUUCAGCACGACUGCAGGGCUUCCAAGCCAUAUAAACGCCGAGACCCCCGGUGCAAUCCAUGAAGGUGGAGAACUUGGAUAUGCAUUGGCGGUAUCAUUCGGUGCCGUUAUGGACAACCCAGACUUGAUUGUGCCCUGCAUUGUUGGUGAUGGAGAGGCUGAGACAGGCCCAACAGCUACAUCUUGGCACGCUAUCAAGUAUCUUGAUCCGAAGGAGUCCGGUGCUGUCCUGCCGAUCCUCCAUGUCAAUGGAUUCAAGAUCAGCGAGCGGACUAUCUUCGGGUGCAUGGAUAACAAGGAGCUCCUGGCUCUUUUCAGUGGAUAUGGAUAUCAGGUACGGAUUGUGGAGGAUCUGAAUGAUAUUGACACAGACCUCCACUGCUCAAUGGCUUGGGCGAUCGACGAGAUCCACAAGAUUCAGCAGGCCGCCCGAUCCGGGAAACCAAUUAUCAAACCGCGAUGGCCAAUGUUGAUCCUCCGAACACCCAAAGGAUGGUCUGGACCUAAGCAGCUCCAUGGGCAGUUCAUUGAGGGGUCUUUCCACUCCCACCAGGUCCCACUGCCAAAAGCCAAGUCAGACAAAGAAGAGUUGGAUUUGCUUCAGAAGUGGCUCGAAGGUUAUGGCCCUCAGGAGCUUUUCACUUCGAACGGUGAUGCAAUCGACGAGAUCAAAUCUGUCAUUCCCACAGAGAACGCCAAGAAGCUUGGACAGCGAAUUGAAGCCUACAAUGCCUAUACGGCGCCCAAGCUACCAGAAUGGGAAAAGUUCUGCGCCAAGCCCGGGACUGAAGAAAGCGCCAUGAAAUCGGUGGGCAAGCUAAUAAAUGAAGUUUUCAUUCAGAAUCCACACAGCGUGCGACUGUUCUCGCCUGACGAACUGGAGAGCAACAAGCUUGGUGCGGCCCUCGAAAGUACCAACCGGAACUUCCAAUGGGACGAGUUUUCCAACGCCCGUGGAGGUCGUGUCAUUGAGGUCCUGAGUGAGCAUCUGUGCCAGGGCUUCAUGCAGGGGUAUACCUUGACUGGCAGAGUGGCUCUCUUCCCUUCCUAUGAAAGUUUCCUUGGGAUUAUUCACACGAUGAUGGUGCAAUAUUCCAAAUUCAUGAAAAUGGCCGAGGAGACCAAAUGGCACGCAUCGAUCGCCAGCAUCAACUAUAUCGAAACAAGCACCUGGACUCGACAGGAACACAACGGCUUCUCACACCAGAACCCAUCGUUCAUCGGGGCAUUGUUGAAACUCAAGCCCACCGCCGCCAGAGUUUAUCUGCCGCCUGAUGCGAAUACCUUCCUAUCGACUGUGAAUCAUUGCCUGCGUUCGAAAGACCAUGUCAAUCUUAUGGUCGGCGCGAAGCAGCCCACUCCCGUCACCGACGAAGGAAUUAACCCAGACGUGGUGCUGGUAGGUAUUGGAGUUGAGGUGAUGUUUGAAGUCAUUGCAGCAGCGGCCCUCCUUCGAAAGCGAGCGCCUUCUCUGCGCGUCCGCGUGGUCAAUGUCACGGACCUGAUGAUUCUAGAGACCGCUAAUUCUCACCCUCAUGCGUUGUCCACCGAGUCAUUUGACAAUCUAUUUACUCCGGAUAAACCAAUUCACUUCAAUUACCAUGGCUAUCCGACAGAGCUGCAGGGCUUGCUAUUUGGUCGCCCGCGCCUCGAGAGGGUUUCCAUCGCCGGUUACAUGGAAGAAGGCAGUACAACCACGCCGUUUGAUAUGAUGAUUCUGAAUCACACUUCGCGUUACCACGUCGCGCAGGCGGCUGUGGCAGGUGCUGCCAGGCACAAUCCAAAGGUUCAGAUUGCAAGUCAAGAGCUGCAAGCAGGGUUCGGUCAUGACAUUGCCGAAUCAAGGAAAUACAUCCUUGCGCAUCACCAAGACCCCGACGGCUUGUACGAUGUCCCGAAGUUCAACUGA